AUGCGUGGAAGUAAAGAAACUCUACACAACCACCACAGAGACGGUCAUCAAGGCACUCAAGGAGAUGUUUUCAACUCACAGCCAAUUCCCGAUAAGCUCAAUUCCGAUUACAGCCCCCAAUUCACUGACCAACAUUUUGUGCCUUUUGCAGCAGUAGCCGGAUUCCACCACUGUACCAGCUCCCCAAACUACCUCCAGUCCAACGAUCCUGCCAAAGAAACUCCUGCCAGGUUUGGUCACCAGAUGGGAAAAGGAGCUGGCCUACAGACAGAAGCAGGCCUCGGCCUACAAUUGCGACAUCACACCAAGCACCUGCCACAGCUACAACAGGAUGAUAAAGUUUGGAUCCCAGACCUCGGGAAUCAAGGCAUGGCUCUGCACCUAAACAAGGACCAACCCCAUUCCAACCAUAUUGGAAUGCCAGAGGGCACAGUCAGGGGCAACAGGAGGAACCUCCGCCCACCCCUUGGCCAGGCUUCCCCAUUACAAGAUGGAGUACGAUUCAUGAGAAAGCCCAGAAACGUUGUCAAAGCUCGAAUUCGUUUCUUGAACAUUUACUGUCAAAACAAAAUGGCGCUGACGGACCUGCCCCUCCCACCCCGGGGGGGGAGGAGGAGCCCGUUACCCAGGGGGCGGGGUCUGCAUCACAAGGCGGGGGAAUCGGCGCCUGCGGGGCGGGGCGGGGCGGGGCGGGGCGGGGCCCACAUCCCCUUGGGGGCAAGGCCGGUUCAUCGCAGGGCGGGGCUUGCAGCCCAGGGGCGGGGUCUGUUUCCCGGUGACCGUAUCCAUGGGAACCGCGGGCAGCGCAGGCCCGGGCCCGGGCCCGGAGCAGCAAUGACCGAGAUCCUGUGUCAGUGGCUGAAUGAGGAGCUGAAAGUGUCCCGGAGAGUGGAUCCCAGCUCGUUGGCGAGGGAUUUUUCAACUGGAUAUCUGAUUGGAGAGAUUUUGAACAAGCACCAACUACAGGAUGAUUUUGAUCAGUUCUCCAAGGGCAGGAAUGCCAUUUCUCAGCUCAAUAACUUCCAGCGUCUGCUACCCACUCUGCAGCUCUUGGGGGUGAUGAUCAGUGACAAUGUGGUGCAGGCACUGGUUCAGCAGGAGCCUGGUGUUGCUACACGCCUCCUGUAUCAAAUCUACAUCGCUCUCCGCAGGAAAAAGAAAGCUCAGCUCUCUAAACUGGCCAUGGAGUCCAUGAGACCACCUGCAGCAGCCAAACUGGCCAGCAUCAGCAGCAGGAUGUACAAAGAGCGUCUGAAGACGAUGAUUCCGCGUGAAGUUGAUGUGAUGCUGCGGAAUGUCUCCAACCACUUUGUGGCUCUGGGCAAAGAAAUGAAAGAGCAGCAGAACCAGAAACACGAGGAGGAACUACAAAAAGAACAGAACAUCCAGGAACAACAGCGGAUCCAUAAUGUGGAAACACUCUGGAAAGCGAAGAGGAGAAAUAAAGAGCUGAUGGCUAAGGUUCAGGCAUCACUGAUCCAUAUUGCCAAACCGAUGCCACGAAGCAUGGCUAGAGACAUUGAGAAACGCAAAGAGGAGUUGAGGAAGAAGGAAGCUGAGGUGCUGGAGUUGGCGCUCGCAAUGGGGAACGCAAUCAGGGAUCCAGAAGCAAUCAAGGGAGCACAAAAUGGGGCCGUCCUUCACGUCUGGAGGAAGGCACCGGUUAGAAAUGGUGCGGAAGCGAAUGGCUCGGUGGGAAGAGUGGUCUGUUGCACCCUUCAACCUAGCGAUUUAAAGAGGGUUCCCUUGCCAGAGGGAGACAUUGAGGAGGCUGAGAGGUCCUCAGACGAUGAAGAGCAGGAAGGGCAGGAACCUCAAGAGGGAAAUGAGGGUCAGCUUCCAGGAGAGGGUGACAAUGGAGUGAGCAGAAGGUUGAUUUACCCUGGCGGAGCAGAUGGGAUCGUUCCUCCUCUUCCUGUAGUGGAAGGCGUUUCUAGGGCAGCUGCCGAUGUGCUGACCUCCCUUGUAAUGGCCUCCCAGGCUGGCAAGAUGUUUAUCGAAGAGACCAACGAGUUUGAAAUGAUAUUGAAGAAGCUGGUGCCAACUGGUGCUGCAAAAGAUCAUGAGAGGGCGCACAGUGCAUUUGACGUGUUGGAAAAACCUUCCCCACUAAAGGAGACAUUUACCCCAUGUGUGAGGGUGGAGGAAGGCCAGACGUUUAUCGAGAAUCUUCGAAAGCGACUGGAUGAAGAGGCAAAAGCAAGAAAAGAGCGGGAGAAGAGGCGACGGCGAGUUAUAUUGGAUCAGCUCCAAGCGCACGAGGCUCAGGAGGAGGUGUAUCGAGAGGAACAGCUGGUUAAUCGGCUAAUGCGUCAGUCGCUGCACGAGAGACGGAUUGCAGUCCAGCUGAUGCAUGCUCGACACGAGAAACAAGUCAUUAUGCAGAAUCGUAUCUUUCGGGAGAAACAGUAUGAGGAGAAACGAUUGCAAGAGUUCCAGGAAGUGUUGGACAAGGAGGCGGUCUUGGCAAGAGCAGAGAAACUGGAACAUAUCGAACAGACCCAGCUAGAACAGCAAAUGCAUAAGAAGGUAUUGGCUCAGCGUGCAAGGGAGCGAUUCCGCAAACAUUAUAACCUGUGCUGGGAGGUUGUGGAACACAUCGUCGAUUUAGUGACCAAGAUUGCAGAAUACCGCGAACUCACACUGAACUUGAUUCCAGAGAAGAUGAUGAGAGAAUGGAAGGAGAUGUUCUUCUUUGAGCUGCCCUUAUAUGAGCAGCAAGUCAAUGAGCCACAACCUUCAGAGGAAAGUUCCAAGGACAAUUUGGAGCUGUCUAAGCAGGGAAUGCUUAACGCCCAGGAUUAUGAAGAUUAUAAGAUGAUGACUGGUGACUGGCUGCCACCUGAAGAAGGGGAUAUUCGUGGCCCACCAGCCAAUAAUAACAUUUUGGGACAUGUGGUUCACCGGAUCUUUGAAAUCGUCCAUCCCACCAAACCACCAACGCCACCCCCUGUGUUUCCUGCUUUCCCCAUCAAGGCCUGCAUUCUGGGCAAGCUGCUGGCAGGCAAAAGCACCUGCCUGAAAUACUUAGCAGAAGCACUGCAUAUCCGAGUCCUUGUGCCAGACAUGCUGGUUCAAGAAGCUGUGCAAGCCUUCGAGGAGGGUGAAACCAUGGAUCCUGAUCAGACCCUGGAAGACAGAACAGAAUCUGUAAAGGAAGAUCAGUUGAGUGCCAGGGCCCAGCUAGGUGCAAGAGCUGCCAAGUUUCUGAGGAAAGGGAAGUCUGUUCCUGACGAGUUGUUGGUGGAGAUUGUGGUUGAGUGUGUACACUCUCUGCCGGCAGAAUGUGGCUGGAUCCUGGAUGGUUUCCCAGUGACUGUUAAACAGGCCAAGCUGCUGGAGAAGUGGUUCACUGGUGUCGAUCCUGACAAAGCGAACAGGAAGAGCAAGAAGUCAAAGACCAGCCUCGCUAUAGACCCAAGAGCUCCGAAAGAUCCUCCACCUCCCCAACCAGCGCUGGACAUUGCCAUCCUGCUGGAUGUUUCAGACAACACUGUGCUGGCUCGUCACUCAGAGAGCACAAUCAGUUCAGGCACUGAGGUUGAGAGCCGGAGGACAGGCAGCCUGCACCAGGAGAGCAAAGGGAACAUGGCUUUUACCGGAAGCUCAGGUCCUGAAGAGGAGCAAUUCCUGCCCCGGCUCACAGGUUUCCUUGAUAACUGGCCCAAGCUGGAGAAGUGGUUCGAGGUGGAGCAGAAGAUACUGGUGAAGGUGAAUGGGGAGCUUGAGCAGGGCGAAUUGUUGGAAAAACUCGAGCUGGUCCUGGUUGAAGCCUUGUACAAGAAACAGUGUAAAGACGCUGAGACUGAGAAGCCUGUAGAGGUGCAAAUACUCCCCUCCCCAGUUCAGGCCGAGCCAACUCCUUCUCCCGAGCCUCAGGAGAAGCCUUCAAAGGAAGAGAAAUCGGUGAAAAAUGGCUCUGUCAAAGAGAAGAAGAAGAAGAUCCUGUCGCCUCGUGACAAGAAACGUGACAAACCUGGCUCCCUUAGUCAAUCAGGCUCUGCUAAAGGCAAAAAAGGGAAAGGGAAAUUGGAACUUGCACCAGAGCCGACUCCUGAACCUGAACCACAAAGACCCCCACCUCCAAAACCAGGCUCAGACCAAUGGGUAUAUGUGGAUGAGCCGGUUCCUCAGGAGGUUGCUCAAUACUUGGCUCUAUAUUGGAACAAUAUUGAGGACACAUACGUCAACACCAUCCACAAUAUGAUGCAGGAACAACGUGAUGAGCGACACCGUAUGAUCAAUUACCUGUACAAGAUCAGGGAGGAUUUUCAGGAGUAUUUGCAAUCCCGUCCCGACCAUAAGCAGGAGUUUGUAUCCCAGUGGCAGGAAGACUAUAAUUCCAUUGCGGAAGAUCUGCGGCAGGAUGAAGAUGUGAAAGCAGAGCUGCUGCUGCGGCUUUAUGAUCUGCGCGAGCGUCUCUGGGACAUCUCUGAUAACAGGAAGGAGGAGGCUGAGCGGGAAAGGAUGAAUGUUAUAGGAAAUAGCUGGCUGGAGGAUCACCUGCGUCUACUGCUCAACAUUUACUUGACUCUCAUGCAGGUGGAGAUUGAUCGGUUCCAGGACUCUUAUCGAUUCCUGCAGGAUUACUACAAAGUGAUGGAAGGGAACAUCCCACCGGAAGAGAGCAAGGAAUUUGCACGUAUCCCAUUGGUUAAUAUGACUGAUGUACCGGCCAUAGUGCCAGCGAUCGAUCAAGAAACUGGGAGUGCUCCAGGUUCUAGCCAACCUGCCAGACAGGCACAGCUGGAAAGCAGCAGCCUGGUGACUGAGGGCAAGGAGGAUCAGAAGGUUGAAGAAGGAGCCCAACAGAUUGCUCCAGGAUCUAGCCAGCCUGACAGACAGCUAGAACUGGAAAUCAGCAGCCCAGUAACUGGAUCCAAAGAGGAGCUGAAAGAUGAAGAGGAGGAAGAACAAGAAACAAAAGAGUUCAAGGUUCCUCUUGUUCCAUAUCAAAUCCCCUCCUCCAGUCUAGCAGUAAAGGAGAAACCAAAAAGCCUAGCAAAGGUGUCGGGGAAGGUGAAAGAAGAAUCACUCAUCAUGGAGAUGCCAUCCAUGACUGAUGUCAAUGAGUAUCUGAUCUUCGAGGCCUAUCAGACAGCAACUUCAUCUCUCUCAAAUAUUAUCCAAACAGUGGUGAAAGUCAAGGAGGAAGAGGAGAAGAAAGGCCGCCAGUCUGUAACCCCAUCUGUGCCAACGCCUGUGAUUGAGAAUCCAGAGGUGGUAAAGAAGAGAGAACUGAGGGACCGAAUAUACACAGAGUAUAUAGGAGCACUGGAAGAUGAAGCACAAGGUGUCAGAACACGGCUGGAGCUGAUCAAACUGAAGGCCGUGGCUAUGAUACAGGAGCUGAAAUCAAAGGCACAAGAAGUCUUCACAAUCAUGGAGGAUUGGCUCGGGACUAGGUUCCUGCAGGAAAUGGAAAGCAUCAGCACACUGCUUGAUAUUGGGUUGGGAUAUGUGAACUCUGGGACCAAGAUUGAGCACCAGCUGAUUCUCCAUGAUAAGGAGUUCUUCGUCAAUGGGGAUGUGAAGAUGAUUCCAGACCCACCACCACUCACACGUUUGCCUUCCAAAGAGACCGCAAGGGAUGGUGAGCUAACAACUGAGCAGCUCUGUAACCUCCAUCAACAGUUCAUGUUCAUAGCACCCACAGGUUUAAUGCUGAAAAAGACAUUCAUCGAGAUUUUACAGGAUCUGGUAACACUGGACCUUGGCUCAGAACAACUGCCAGACCAAUGGAGCUCAAUCUCUUACUCACAGGUGUUGGAUAUCACAAGGACGCUGACUCCAGAAUCAGAUUUGUUGGACUGGCGACGAUUUCUUCUCUCAGCUGCUCAACCCUGGCCUUACCCAUCACUGAGGGACCUGCUGGACACCAAGAGCAGGUUCCAGGCAGUCGAUACUGCAGACACUGGAUACGUUACACAAGAACAGUACAAUCAGGUGGAGCUGUGGUUUAAGGGUGAGACUGAGCUCCAGGUGCCAGAGGAUCCAGUAGCCCCUCUCCCAUUCCAGAGACUGAAGCAACUCAAGCAGGUUUUCUUUACAGUGUUUGCGGAUGAGAGGCGGACUCCACCGGAGCUGGACUAUACCAACAUGCUGCUAUACUUCGCGACUCACCGAGACCCUGCCCAAGGAUUCUACCGAUCCCUCAGCCUUGCUGCUGGAGCACUUCUCACCUGGAAUCCAGACUCCGACUCCACCCUGUUCAAGUCCGAACCAUGUAUUGAUCGGCACACUGUGGGGAGGAGUACAGCUGUGCCAGAUGGACAAAAUGCACCCUUACCCUCAGCCGAGAUGGUGCCGAUAUCUGCACUGUUUCAAAUCCUGACCCACGGUGUUAUGAAAACUGAGGACACUCAUCGCCACAGCAUCCAGUCCGAAACAGAGCAGCUUUACUGCAAGCAUUUAACUAAGUUGUACAAGGACUUGGGAUCAGAGAACUUGGAGCCACUUCCAUUCGGGAUUUUACUGACACAUCCUUUCGUAGUGGACCUGAUAAACGGAACUCUCAAAUUCACCCUGCCAGAUUUCAAGGCAAUUCUGCAGAGGAAGCUGGUGGAAAGUGAAGCAGUUGCAAGCAGCUCUCCUGAACUUUCAGUGGAAACAUCUUCAAACACACCCACUGAGGAUCCAGGAUCUAGUCGGCGAAGAAUAGCCAAAACAUGAAACCAUUUCUAAUUGGCAGACGUGACUGCCCCAAAUGUGGAUCUCAUUAAU